AUGCUACGUUUCGUCCUUGUUGGCAUGUGGUCAUCAAGCAACCUGCAGCUUCUGGAGGCACAGAAGUUGUUGCUCCCUCUCACGACGAAGCGAGAAUUGGAGGGGAAUUUAAGCGCUGUCCAGGAGACUUGGAGUAGAUUGGCCUAUCCAGCGCAGCAAAGGCCCCCUGCACGACCGCGGCUUCAGAGCCUCUCCUUAAUUCUCUUCCUGGUUAUUGCUAUCUCGACUGUAUCAAUCUUAGCAUGGCUGUCCAUAUGCAAGGCUCUGCGCAACAGAGAACAGGGGUUAGGAUUGUCACGGCGGAGACUGUCUCAAGGGGGGGAAGGUAUCGAUGAAGAUGCGCUGUCUGUAAUAGAAGUGUGUUUGGAAUUGGAAUCCGAACUGGGGAUUAUGGAGCAAAGAGCCUCCUCCAGUUCUGAAAAUGACUCGUCAGAGCGGAUACUGGAACUAGCGUCAGCGCUAUCGGAGGCAGCCGCAUGGAAGGAAGCAGAAGGGCAGCCGCGAGUAAGCGUGUUCCUGGAGCAGCAGAGCGGUGUUGAAUCUAAAGGCGGUGAAGUAGUACACCGAAACACUGGUGCAAGUUCGCCAUAUGUUGAACUCGAUCUGCCCACUGGCCUGUCUCCUGCUCUGGACCCCGACUCCUGGAUGGAUGCAAUUCCCAGCAUCGACCUUCAGCCUCACGAACAGGAAACAGCUUAUUUAUUCUUGGCUACUGCUGACGAGUCAAGGACUGAACAAGCAUCAGCACCAUUCCCGUCGCAGCGAGAGCGUGCGAGAGGCCGAAGGGAUCUUCAGCCUUGCGGCAUUCUAAAACAUCCGUAUGUUCGGCUGCCAAAGUUGGAGGAAGGCGUCGUUCCGAGAACCAUCGACCUAGCUGCCCUGUUUCAUGAGGGAGGAAGACAUUUGUCACCGCAUACCUAUUUGGUCACGAUGCGUACCUUAUUUUUACAGGAGACGCUCGGUCAGAAGGACGCAGAUCUCCUCAUGCAUGCCGUCGAGCGGCUAGUGACCACAUCAUGGCAUCAUACUCAAAGACAACGAAAACGCCGCUUUCCCGUGCAGCGCGUUGGGGUCCUAGGUACUUAUUUUAUGGUACUCGAUUCCCUCGUGUGUGCUUUCGAACUUUUGGGGAGUUAUAUGAGACUGCCUCUCUGGUGGGGCAAAUUCAUCGCCAUGUACGACACCGCAGAACUUGCACCAGGUAUAGACGUACGUGGAGGCGAAGUAGCAGAUUUCCACAGGAUGCUGCAACGGCGGCUUAUCGCUGCCCUGGAUACCCUCAAACAGGGAAGACGCAUCAGCCCUCAGGAAUUAGUUGUGCUUAAAAUGCAGCUGUUCUGUUCACCAUUUGGGCAACACCAGUUGAAAGGUCCUAAGUGGGAACCCUGGCGACAAGAUGGGGCAUGCUCGUAA